AUGCAGCAACCUGCGUCACUGAGUGUGAGCGCACCUCCCGCUCCUAUAGUCAAACGUGCGGCAUCGGCGAAGCUUACAUAUGAGGAGGUGCGGCGCGCUGCCAUGUUUUCUGUGCUCGACGAUUUUGCUUCUCAAAUGCAGUACAAGCGCCGUCUCGAGCACCUGAAGAAUACCGGGGGUAACGUGCAGGUGAUUUCCAAUCCGGCUGGUGAUUUGGUGGAGAACGUGGCAAAGGGGAGCUCGACACGGCUGCUGCGAGAGCAUUCCAGCGCUUCAUGGAGUGUGUACUUUUACCAGUGGAGUUUGUUUGGUCUGACUGGUAUCUCAUCGGUCGCAACGGCGAUGGGGGUUUAUCUUACCAUUUACCACAACCGCAUGUUUUUGCCUCUCGGUCCAAUGGCGGCGGCGGUGACGUGGCGCCUGUGGGAUCUGCUGGAGGCGGCGUGGGAGCAGCAGCGUUACAUUGACAGUGCCGCGCUCCUGCGUGACUCGCGCCAGGGCAAUCCGAUGAAUUUGGUGGCGAAGCGCACCGCCAUUCAGGGAAAAGUGGAACCACUAGACGAUAUGAUGUAA